AUGUCUGAGAAAGCUGCUAAAUCGCUAGAGCAAGUUCACUCGACUUCGGAACCGCUUGAAGUCUCGCCAACCCAGGACGGCAAGAGACACUACGUCUACCACGAAGAUGAGCGGAAGGAGCGAUUCAGCCAGGGAAGCAAAGCCAUUGCCAUUUUGAGCGUGGUGUGCGCGGGAGCGGCAUUGGUCAGCGACGGAUACUCCAACAACGUCAUGACCAUGCUCAACAAGGUCUACGCCUUCAAGUACCCCAAGGCCUACACGGGAGACAUGUCGGCUUCGGUGUCCAACGCCUCAUUAGUCGGUACCAUCUUGGGCCAGUUUUUCGUGGGCUUCUGCUGCGAUUUGCUCUCGAGAAGAUUUUGCAUUAUAGUGGGCACGGUGUUGAUUGUGUUGGGCUUCUUCUUGAGCGCCGUGGCCCAUGGAAAGACUACCCAGGGCAUGUUUUGGAUGAUUGUCGUGUUUCGCGGUGUCACUGGUUUCGGCGUGGGUGCCGAAUACCCAUCGUCGAGUUUGACUGCUAGUGAAGCCGCCAAUGAGAAGAUCAAGAGAAGAUCGCGCGCAUUCAUCCUUGCAACUAACUUGCCUCUAAGCUUUGGCGGUCCUUUCGCCUCAAUUGUGUUUCUUAUCGUCAACAAGAUCACCAAGUCCCAUCUUAAUGCCUUGUGGAGAACCAUGUUUGCCUUGGGCUGCUUCUGGCCGUUGAUUAUUUUCUAUUUCAGAAUCAAGAUGACCGACUCGGUCUUGUUUAAGAAGUCGGCAGUAAGGAGACCCACGCCCAGAUUCUACUGGUUAUCGUUGAAAUACUAUGGGCUCCGCUUGCUCGGUACUUGUCUUUGUUGGUUCAUGUACGAUUUCGUGGCAUUUUCACUGGGCAUUUACUCGUCGACAAUCAUUUCUGCCGUGGUCAAGAAUGGAGGCAAGGGAAUGGCCCAUCAAGCUUAUCUCGAAGUGUUGGCCGAGUGGCAACUUUUAGUCGGUGCCUUGGCCCUUCCUGGUGUUUUCCUUGGGGCAUUGGUGAUUGACAAGCUUGGCAGGAAAUACACAAUGUUGAUUGGAUUCACGGGCUACAUCGUGAUUGGAUUGAUUGUUGGGUGCGCUUUCGGUCCUAUCAAGCGGAAAACAGCUGCUUUCAUCGUUUUGUACGGCUUGAUGGCCAGCUCGGGUAACUUUGGUCCCGGUAAUUGCUUGGGGUUGGUGUCCUCGGAGUCGUUUGCCACGCCUAUUCGUGGAACAUUUUACGGUAUUUCCGCCGUCAUUGGGAAAGUGGGUGCAGUCUGUGGCACAAAGGCGUUCCAAAAAGUGUUGAAAAUCGGAACCAAUUCGCAAUCUGGUGUGAGAUGGGUCUUUAUCAUCGCGGCCUGUAUUGGAGCCGCCGGUGUGAUUUUGACAUUUUUGUUGAUUCCAAAUAUCAGAGCAGACGAUCUUUUGCAAGAAGAUAUCAAAUUCAAGAACUAUCUCAGAAAUAAUGACUAUCACGGACAAAUUGGAUUGACUGUUGAAGACGACGAACAGGAUUUACACUCGGACGAAACUGAAACCGACGGUGAUGGUGAGAUUCAAAAAUUGCACAUGUAG